UGCUACUGCGAACACACACGCAGUUGUGGAAGCCAAGAUGCAAGCGAAUGAACUAUGGUGGCUGUUUGCAGCGCUGCAAGUCGGGUGGAGCAUAGUCGUACCUCCGAAAGAUCAUAAGGAUGUUUGCACUACGGAAGAGUGCAAAGAAACUGCAACACGAAUUUUAAAUGGCAUGAAUUCUGCCGUCAACCCAUGCGAUGACUUUUAUGAAUUCGCCUGUGGUAAUUAUAUCUCAAAAACAGCGAUUCCACCGCAAAGGACUGCAGUCAACAGAUUUGUUCAAACCAUGAUGAAGUUGGAAGAGGAAAUGGAACGUGUUAUCAAUACCUACACACCACCAGGCGGGGCGCAAUCGCCUCGGACAAAAAUGUAUUACAUCUUCAAAUCUUGCAAAAAACCGGAUACAACGGAAGUGAAUGAGAUCAAGAACCUUAAAGCAGUUUUUAAAGACAGUGGUUUCGCAUCGUGGCCCAAGGUUGUUUUGACCACCUCCCGACCUAAAAAUCAAUAUUAUGUGAUUAAUGAACAAGGUUGGAAUGGACUCUUUGGAAUUACUGUGGAAGUAAAUUAUUUCAACCCCAGUACCCAUACAAUAUUCAUGGAUGUUCCCCGCUUCGAACCCUUGACGGAGCAAGCAUUUCGUGACCUUUCAAACCCAAAGAAGGCAUUGUACAAAAAGUUCAUUGAAGAUAUAACUAACCUUUUAUAUCCGGAGUAUAGACAACAGAUGCGCUCUAUUGUAGACACAAUAUAUAGUUUCGAAGUUGAACUUAUGAAGGCUACAACUGAAGACAGCAGAAUUGAAUCAAAGGACAACAGAAAAAUGACGACACUUAAGGAAGUAGAGAAAUUGAUUGGGGAACUGCCCUGGAAAACAAUUCUCCAACACCCAUUCCAAGCCAUUAGAACUACUUUAAAAGACUCACAGAGCGUCGUCGUAUGGAGAUUAGGGUACUACAAAAGUGUUUCUAGACUGAUUCGUCAAACAGCGCCGGAAGUGCUUUUUAAUUAUCUUGGGUGGAAACGAAUUGUUCAGCUUUUACCAUACACAAGACUGACACUCUACACUACAUACUCUCAAUUUAUGGGAUCAGUUGACGCCUCCUUUAAUCAGCUGUCUGCUCAAGCUAACUGCAUCCGUCAACUGAUGAAGAAUAUGAAAUUCGUUUUUGGAGAUUUAUACACAUCUGAAUACUUCAAGCCAGAAGCGGUGUCUGAUAUAAACGAGAUGAUCACAUAUUUGAAGCAAUCACUCAUAUCUCUUCUUGAAGACCGGCAAAAAAAUUGGCUUGAUACAAGCACAAGAAAGGCGGCAAUCAAGAAGGUAGAGAAUAUGUACCAGCUUAUUGGCUACCCUAACUGGAUCAAGAAGCCUAGAGAACUCGAACUUUUAUAUCAAUACCUACCGCUAGUUUCAAGUUCCAUGAGCUACGUAUCACUGAUAAACAUGACAUUACGCAACAAUUUUCAAGCAAAUCUUAAAGAAUUGUCUAAAACCGUUGACAGGAGAAAUGUUUUUCUCGAGGAUCCGGCCAUAGUCAAUGCAGCGUACAUUCCUCAAACAAAUGCGCUAGCUCUAUAUGCAGGGCUACUACAGGGUCCAUUUUAUCAGAGGAAUAUUCCAAUUGCUGUAAAAAUGGGAGCGACUGGUUGGACUUCGGCACACGAAAUAACACACGGCCUCGAUACACUUGGCAGCCAAUUUGACGAUACUGGAAAGCUUCACGACUGGUGGAGCCCUGAUGUGCGGAAGAAAUUCGAAUCUCAGGCCCAUUGUUUCACCAAUCAAUACAGUGCUAUUAGAGACAAAGAAGCUGGCAUGCCGCUGUAUGGGUUGCGGAAUUUGCGAGAAAAUAUUGCGGACAACGGCGGCAUCAGGAUCGCAUACAAGGCUCUGCAUAAUGCCCUGAAGCGGAAUCCUACGAGCCGAGUGAAGCUGCCUGGAUUUGAAAGCUACAGUGCAGAGCAGCUGUUUUUUAUUUCAUUUGGAAGUAUGUUCUGCAACAAAAUGACUACGGAAGCAAGGGUACACUUUAUUAGUAGAGACCCCCACACGGUACCGAGACACAGGGUAAAUGUGGCUUUGAUGAACUCUGUCGAAUUUUCAAGAGCUUUCAGCUGCAGCAACGAUCGAAAGAUGAACCCGAGACAAAAAUGCGUGCUCUGGUAAUAAACAUGUUCAUUGAGAAUUGAAAA